ACGGCGAAUAAUCUGAAAAGUACUAAUGCAAUUUAUCUCAAAAACUGAAAGUAAAACAAGAAGUUAAAUAUAAUAAUUGUUAAUCAUUGUGCAAUGUACAAAAUAAUUAAUGUAGUGUAAAUGUUCGAAUAUAGCUGACCACAGAAGCUUCAAUGGCAGAAGGAGGCAAAAAUAGUCUUAAAUCAAAGACACAGUCUAUCCUGAAUGAUUAUGACGUGGAAUGGAAUGAAACCCUCGGAACUGGAAUAAGUGGCCCAGUAAGGCCUUGCAAGAGGAAAAAGACUGGAAUACGCUAUGCUCUGAAAUGUCUACCAGACAAUCCCAAGGCUCAGAUGGAAGUGUAUCUUCAUGUGAUGUGCAAUGGGCAUCCAAACAUCGUGAAAGUCCAUGAUGUUUAUGCUAAUGAUAUUCAGUUUCCAGGGGAGAAACACCCCAAAGCCUAUCUACUUAUGGUAUUGGAAAUGAUGGAGGGUGGUGAAUUAUUUGAUCGCAUAAGCAAACGAAAGAGAUUAACAGAAAGACAGGCAGCAAAGUAUUUCAAAAAGAUAUCUAUGGCUGUCCAGCACUGCCACAGUUUGAAUGUGGCACAUCGUGAUCUCAAACCUGAGAACAUUCUCCUUACGGACAAUACAGAGGAUGCUGAAUUGAAGCUGUCUGAUUUCGGUUUUGCAAAGAUAGAUGAUGGCAACCUUCAGACCCCAUACUUCACACCGUAUUAUGUUGCACCUCAGGUCCUUGAAGCACACCGUCAUCAGGCUAAGCUAAAAAAAGGAAUUAUUCCAACGUCCAAGCCUUACACAUAUGACAAGUCGUGUGACAUGUGGAGCCUUGGUGUCAUACUUUACAUCAUGCUAUGUGGAUACCCGCCAUUCUACUCGGAGACUCCCAGUCGCCAUAUCACCAUGGAGAUGAGGAGGAAGAUACUCUCUGGGGAGUUUGACUUCCCUGAGGAUGAGUGGAGUCAUGUAUCUGAUGGGGCUAAGGAUGUCGUAAAAAGUCUUCUUCAUGUUGAUCCCUCCUACAGACUCAAUAUAGAGGAUGUCACUAAACUGUCCUGGCUGGAGGAUGCACCUGACAAUGAGCUUCAUUCACCUGCUGUUAUUGCUGACAAGCAAAGCCUGGAGGACAUUAAUAUGGCCCAUUCCCAGCAGCUGACCAUUCUGAGGAAACCGGAGUGCCCUCUGACCUUGAAACCCAUCACAGACUCCCAUAAUCCAAUACUGCGAAAACGGAAAUACAGACAGAGCAGUAAGGAAGAGCCAGAUAAUCCAGUUUCCAAAGCUUCCACAUGUGAAAUGAACGUGAAAUCAUUGAGAAACAUAAUUGCCUACUGUAUUCUCCCUCCAAAAGAUGAUGAUGAGAGUGUCCUGAAUGAGCUCAUAAGGAAAGCAAUCACAUUGCAGUCCUGUUCUCCAACUCACUUCAUGGAGAUCCUGUCAGCCAUGGAGUGGGAUGGUGAUCGAUUCAAGGUGAAGAUCGAUAAAGGCAAGCUAGCUGAACGACUCAGUGAAUUGAUUCAAGAUUUGAACAGGCCUAUGCCUUUAGAGAGCAUGGAACUGAACAGCCAUGAGAAUGGGAGGGUCCCCAACUCUCUGUCAUGAUGUUAGUGGUUAUUAGUGAUCAAUAGUCCACAGGCAUAUUGUGAUUCUGAUUGUUUUUGUUUAAAACUAGAUUAUCUGUAUUUUAUUAUGCUUUGAAAGAAAGAAAAAAACGUUUUAUAUUUAUUUUUAUGCCACCGGAUCGAAAGAUCGGGGACAUAUUGUUUUUGGUCUGUCUGUCUGUCUGUCUGUGUGUCUGUCUGUCAUUCAUUGUGUAUAUUCAACUUGAUAUUUGGCAUGUAUGUGUAUCUCAUGGAGCUGCACAUUUUGAGUGGUGAAGGUCAAGGUAAUCCUUCAAGGUCAAAGGUCAAAUAUAUGGCUUCAAAGCGGCGCAAUCGGAGGCAGUGUGUUUCUGACAAACACAUCUCUUGUUACAUAGGGUUAUGCUGUUUUCAUAAAUUGACACUCAAUUUCUCCAAAUGCUAUUGUUGAAAUAUACCAUAUAUGUAUCUUUUAGAGAUUUUCUAGCAUUCGGGUGUAUUUCCAUACCUAAAAUAGGGUUACUAUACUGAACAGUGUGGCAUUUUAUUUAUUGCUGAACAUUAUUUUUAUUUUUAAAAUGUGUUAAAACAUUCAUGACAACAAUGUUAAAACAUUCAUGACAACAAGACAUAAUUGUUGGAAAUGCUUGGUAAAAAACAUUUGCAUGUAAAUGAAGUUUUAAUGCAAUUGACAUAUUUUGUCCAAUCA